CACUGCAUUUAACUCCCUUUAAUCACCCUUAAAUCUCGCAUCUUAAUCACUCCGUCCCUUCCCUAGAUUUCCUCAUCCAUUUCUCUCUCCUCUGUCCAAACAAAAUGAGCUCUUACUCUUCUUCUUUCACUCUUUGCCUCUGCUACUGCUUUCCUAAUCGUCCCCAUGAUCACCACUAGCUUCAAUCUCUACAUCACAAUUUUCUUCCUCUUUCUUGCAUUGUUUUCUUUAUGGGUUUCUUAAAAAAUGAAACACCUAAACACCUAAUUUGCACAUGCAAAUGCUGUUUAUAUUCUUUUCUUCAAAACCCAUUUGAGAAUAACGGAUUUUUGUUUGUUUUAAGCUUUUUAUAGUCCUGGUAAUUAUAUAAGUUGAUAAAAAUUGAAUUAUAGGACUGGACAAAGUUCUUGAAUUUGUGGGGUCUUUUAUGUUUACUGUUUGUAUAGUUAUAGUACCAGUGGCAGUGGAAACAUAUAGAGGAGAAAAAUGAUAGGGUCAGGGAUAAAUUUGGUGAUGACUGUUAUAGGAUUUGCUGUUAGUACUAUGUUUAUAGUAUUUGUGUGCACCCGUUUAAUUUGCGCUCGGAUUCAGUUAAACGCAUCAAGACGCUCAUUUCCUAUUACAUCCAGAUCUGAUCUUAGCAUUCUGGAACGAGGAUCACAUGGGCUUGAGCCUGUAAUUGUUGCAAACUUUCCAACGAAGAAGUACAAUGAUGAACUUUUCUUGGCAUCAGAAGAUGCACAAUGCACAGUUUGCCUUGCUGAAUACCACUGUGAGGACAACUUGCGGAUUCUCCCCUAUUGUGGGCACUCCUUCCAUGUUACUUGCAUAGACAUUUGGUUACAGCAGCAUUCCACUUGUCCUAUUUGUCGAAUAUCAUUGCGUGAAAUUCCCGAGAAAAAGCAUAUGAUGCAACCCUUGUUCAGCUCAGCUAUUCGUGCUCCGUAUGGCACAGAGUCCUUUGAUGCCCACUCGUACAACUGCUUGUUGACGGCACAUGGGCUUUCGUCAAGAACCCAUGAUAACCUAGUCAAUGACUCCAUUCAAGAGAGUCAUUGUGUGUCCGAGGGCCAUGAAGCCGAAGCUGGAGAAAAUUUAUCCUCCAUAACAGAGGGUAAUGAGAUCAUAAAAAGCUCGGGAAACAAGCAUGUAGAGAGCCCCUCCAACCCAUAAAUCUUCAGGCGUCAAAGUCAAAACCGAAAUCUGGAGCCUGCAUUCAUUGUCACUUUCAAAUUUACAGAGUUCAAAUACUCAUAUUAUGAAGUUCAAAAGGUUGGUACUGAAAUAUUUCCAUGAAGUUUAUUUCUCUUCACUGUAAAUAUUACAUAUGUGAUUUAAUUUUUACUCUUUGCCUUGCAACAGUAGCUGGUUUGUGGGCAGUUUUGUUAGUUAGUUUCGGUUGUAAAACUAGAAUCAUUUCUAAAAUGUUUGAAUGAGGUAAUAAUUCUUUCUGCUCUCUUUCUUUCCA